AUGAACCCCGCAAAAGAACGCGAAGACAUUCAUGCAAAUAAUGAGGUCGUUGAGUUAAUCCGAGUCGAAAAAGAGGUACAAGAUGAAGCUUGUGACAAUCUGGUCAAUGAUCCUUGUUGGGACAAAUUGGUAGAAUUAAUCAAGAUUGCGGACGAGGCUCCUGUGAGGGAUCGGGACAACAAGGCUGAUCUAGACGACAAUACUUUUCAUGAUUUUAGUGAUGCUUGUCGGGUAGAGGUUGGAAUGAGAUUUGACGACAAGGCUCUUGUAAGUAGCCCAGACGAUGAGCCUAUUGAAAAUUCCUGCCAAGGAAAAAUUGGCGCCAAUGCUAAUGGAAGCAAUGGCUUGUAG